AUGGGCAACGAAGAGUCGACCAUGGUGGACGAUAACGCGCUCCCCUCGGUGCUGGAGGCGCGCAAUAUUGAGGCGGUGGCCAGAUACAUCAAAGAGCGUAAUGUUAAGAAAGUGGUGUUGAUGGUAGGAGCGGGCAUUAGCACUUCAGCAGGUAUCCCGGAUUUCCGCUCACCAGAUACUGGAAUCUACGCCAACUUGGCCAAGCUGGAUCUCCCGGAGCCAGAAGCAGUCUUUGAUAUUGAGUUCUUCCGCGAGAACCCCAAACCUUUCUAUGCCUUGGCGCACGAGCUGUACCCUGGACGCUAUCGUCCAACUGUUGUGCACUCAUUCAUCAAAUUGCUUUACGACAAAGGAAUGCUCUUGAAGCACUUUACUCAAAACAUCGACUGCCUCGAGCGCCAGGCAGGUGUGCCAGGCGAUAAGAUUGUCGAAGCUCAUGGCAGCUUUGCUUCGCAGCGCUGCAUUGAAUGUAAGGAGACUUUCCCCGAUGAAGAAAUGCACCAGAUGGUGGCUAAGGCCGAUAUCCCGCACUGCCACCAGUGCAACGGCCUCGUCAAGCCCGACAUUGUAUUCUUCGGUGAAGCUUUACCAUCCGGAUUCUUCGACAACCGCCACCUGCUUGAUGAAGCGGAUCUCUGCAUUGUCAUGGGAACUAGUCUGUGCGUCCAGCCCUUUGCUAGUCUGCCUACGAUGGUUCCCACGGGCGUGCCUCGCGUGCUCAUCAACAUGGAGCGUGUCGGCGGACUUGGAUCGCGCAGGGACGAUGUGUUGAUGCUGGGUGACUGCGAUGCGGGGGUGCGCAAAUUUGCAAAGGCCAUGGGAUGGGGAGAGGAAUUGGAGGCGCUGUGGGAAACAACCAACCCGGAUGCCCAGGCAAGGGCGGCGGAGGACGCUCCCCCGCUCACUCGGGACGAACGGCUGCAGGACGAAGUGAACCGACUCACGGCGGAGGUCGAUCGCACUCUGGAGCUAACAGAUGCGUAUCAGAGCAAAGUACGCGAGAAGCUGGAGUCACACGAGACACAGGCACACCGCCAGUCUGAGGGUCUCGCCCAUGUUUUCCCCCAUUUGGCGCGUAAGCUGUCACAUUGA